AUGCUUGACGUUGAGCGACGUUGGCGCCGGUCGUCACUGCAGGACACGCAAUGGGAGAAUUGGAAUGCAUUCGAAGAUGCCAGUACUGGAGCGGCCCAUGCAGACGCCCCGCACGGCGCUACCCAGCCACCCAUCACAUCUAUCUGUCUCGUCUCGUCUCCACAACCUAUUUCGCCUACGCACGACACCCUGCCAAUCCCAGCAGCCGCGCUCGCACCCAAGACCCUUGAAGGCUCGAGGAAGAAGCACGUCUCGAAGAAGAUCCUCGGCGCUGGCCCGAUGAGUCGCUACCACUACGACUCGAAUGCGUAG